GGAGCAUUCUAACAGACAGAGAGAGAGAAAAGUAGAAAACUUGAGCAGACUUCGACACAGUCCAUAUCUGUAGACUUUCACUGUCCGAAGAAUUCACACAAUUAAAUACACAAAGGAAAAAGAAAAACAAUCAUAUGUUUUAGGAAAGAUUUGAUUCAGCUCUUUUGAGGAAUCGAAGUGGUGAGGCUGUCAGAUUGAUGGUUUCAUUGACGGUUUUGUGAAAAAUAAAAUGGGAAGGAAUUACUCUGCGAAUCCGGAUGAUUACAAGCUCCUGGAAGAGGUAGGAUACGGUGCGAGCGCAACUGUUUACAGAGCGAUCUAUUUGCCUGCCACUGAAGUGGUGGCUGUCAAGUGCUUGGAUCUCGAUCGGUGCAAUAGCAAUCUGGAUGAUAUCCGGAGGGAAGCUCAAACAAUGAGCUUAAUCAAUCAUCCUAAUGUCAUUAAAGCAUUCUGUUCAUUUGUUGUUGACCACAAUCUCUGGGUGGUAAUGCCUUUUAUGGCUGAGGGUUCUUGCCUACAUCUCAUGAAGAUAGCAUAUCCAGAAGGAUUUGAAGAAUCUGCCAUCGGGUCUAUCUUAAAAGAAACUUUAAAAGCUUUGGAGUACCUUCAUAAACAUGGGCAUAUCCAUCGUGAUGUUAAGGCAGGAAAUAUAUUAAUGGAUAGUGAUGGUGAGGUGAAGCUUGCUGACUUUGGUGUUUCAGCUUGCAUGUUCGACAGAGGUGAUAGACAGCGUUCAAGGAACACCUUUGUAGGAACUCCGUGCUGGAUGGCACCAGAAGUAUUGCAGCCAGGAACAGGAUACGAUUUCAAGGCUGACAUUUGGUCAUUUGGAAUAACUGCACUGGAGUUGGCUCAUGGACAUGCACCAUUUUCAAAAUAUCCUCCAAUGAAGGUUCUGCUGAUGACCAUACAAAAUGCCCCUCCUGGACUCGAUUAUGACCGUGACAAAAGGUUCUCUAAGUCUUUUAAAGAAAUGGUUGCAAUGUGCUUGGUAAAAGAUCAAACAAAGAGGCCGACUGCAGAAAAGCUGUUAAAACAUUCCUUUUUCAAAAAUGUGAAGCCUCCUGAACUUUCUGUGAAAAAGUUAUUUGCUGACCUGCCACCAUUAUGGAAGCGUGUGAAAGAUCUCCAGCUCAAAGAUGCUGCACAGCUUGCUUUGAAAAGAAUGCCUUCAGCAGAACAAGAAGCUAUAUCUCAGAGUGAGUACCAGCGAGGAGUAAGUGCAUGGAACUUUGAUAUUGAGGAUUUGAAGCUCCAAGCAUCUUUGCUGCAUGAAGAGGAUGAAAUACAAGAAAUCAAGGAAGAGGAAGACAACCUAAAAUUUUAUAUGAGCCAAAAGAUGACAUCAAGUUCUCUGGUGAAAACAGUAACAACAAGCAAUAAUUUGGACAGAGAAAAAGCAAAUGGUAAUGAGGUCCUUGUGGCUGAGAGUCAGACAAAGAAGGACAAGGUUUCUGAAAGUGAUUUAACAGCAUCAGACAAUCAGGGAAAAAAUGGACUCAAGAAGAGUGCAUCAAAAGCUGAGCUGCUACCUCCAAUGCUAGAGAAAGAUGCGGCACAAGCCAAGACUAAAAAUCAGACAGGCAGACCUCGUCAAACGCAAAGUGGACCGCUCAUGCCCGGUACUGUGCUAAGUCAUUCGCUGUCAGAAAGAACGCGCAAGUUAGAAAGGUGUGAGAUUGACGACAACCAAGUGGCUGAAAAGGCUCAGCAAGUACGAAGAGCUCCCAGUUUUAGUGGUCCUCUAAACCUUCCUAACCGAGCUUCAGCAAACAGUUUAUCAGCUCCAAUAAAAUCUUCCGGAGGUUUUAAAGAUUCCCUGGAGGACAAAUCAAAAACAAAUUUGGUACAAAUAAAAGGGCGGUUCUCUGUAACAUCAGAAAAUGUAGAUCUUGUAAAGGAUAUUCCAUUAUCUACAGUUGCUAGACGAAAUUCUCAGGGAUCACCACUAAGGAAGUCUGCUAGUGUUGGGAACUGGAUAUUUGACUCUAAGCAAAUGCCCCACAGCCAGCCACCAAAGGAAAUUGGCAACAGUAAUGUGCCUGCUUCAAUUCUCAUGCCUCAUCUUCAGAAUCUCUUCCAACAAACAUCAAUUCAACAAGAUCUUAUCAUGAAUUUGUUGAGUAGCUUGCAAACGGUGGAGCUAGAAAAUGCUCCUCAAAAUGGAAAACUGCCUCCUUUACCUCGUGCUGCAGAAAACAAUGGCAGCGCUGAAUUAAUUGUUUCUGAAAGGGAAAGAAUGCUGCUUUUGAAGAUCUCUGAACUUCAAGCAAGGAUGAAUAGCUUGACCGAUGAAUUAACUGCUGAAAAACUAAAGUACAUGCAAUUGCAACAACGACUAAAUGCUGUUUCUGCCCGUGAAGAGGAUGAAGACAGAAGAGAAGGAGAUUCAUGAUUUCUAGAAAAUUUGUUUUCAAUUUUUUAAAUUAUAGCGCCUCAUAAACUCGGGGUAAAACAUGUAGGAAGAGGUGAAGGAUAUUGUUCGUAUAUCUGGAAUGAUGGUUCUCCAUCAGCUGUUUUAUAAGACUGUAUGAAGGAUUCCAGCCUUUAUCGACAACAACUAAUAAGGAGAUAAUCAGUCGAAGAAGGUAUUCCGUUCAAUUAUUUGGUUGGUGCAAAUGGAAAAUUAGCUCCUUGUGCAGAUGGUGUUGUGCCAGUGUGAAUUAUUUGCUGAAACCCAUCUUCAGUAUGAGAUAGAAACCCACAGGGAACUCUGAUCAAAAGAAGAAACCACAGUGCACAUUUCACUGUAUUCUGUAGAUUGUUAUUUUGUGUUGUUUUAGCCUGAAUGCCUUGUGAAACUGUAAUUCUGUGAAUAAUGUAUUUUGUAACAGUAUGUGCUGGCAUAUAAGAGCUGGCCGCCUUACAAUGCACUA